AUGAAAUCGGAAGUGGAGAAAGCCCAGAAAGCCGGUCCGGAGAGUGAUACAGUCUUCGGGAAAAUUAUUCGCAAAGAAAUACCUGCAAAUAUCGUUAUGGAGGAUGAUGAUACCCUGGCUUUUCACGAUGUUAAUCCACAAGCACCAGUACAUUUUCUGGUAAUACCCAAAAAACCUAUUGCAAUGCUACAAGAUGUCAAGGAUCAGGACGAGGUCUUACUCGGAAAAUUGCUGGUAGCAGCAGCUAAAGCAGCAAAUAAAUUGGGCUUAAAAGAUGGCUAUCGGGUGGUUAUCAACAAUGGAAAGCACGGAUGUCAAAGUAUUUAUCAUCUUCAUGUCCAUGUGCUCGGUGGACGUCAGCUUGGUUGGCCACCAACAUAA